CAUCUUCCAGGUCCUCUUGAAUCUUAGCACUUCUGCAAUCAUUUGGAGGGAGGUGGCUUCAGAGGAUGAAUGGUAAUACAAAUAUGUAUUUACCAGACAUAUCUGAGAGGGCUUGAAAUGCUGAAGGAAGAGGAAGGGAAUACCACUCUCCACAGCACCUGAAAAAAUAGAGCAUAUGCAGGAACAAGGAAUUUUUUUAUUUGGGGGUAAAAAUUAGGUGAAUAAAAAUAACCGCAACUGGUUGGUUGUACAGUAGUCAUGUGCCUAUGUCAGUACUCAGUGGAAGCAUACUUGAUCUCUAUUUCAAUCUGGAUAGACACCAUUCAACAGGUUAUGUGAAUUCUAGAGACACUGGUUUGCACCAGAGGUGUAUCAUAGCAAAGGGAGUGAAUCCUUAUGCAACCAAGAAGUUUGAGUUUGCUUUUUACUUAACUUUUUGCCACAAUAAAAGAUGCCUUGGAUUUCUCAAGCUUUUAAUAUCAUUGUGCUGUUUUCCACAGCACACAGCAAAUGUCUCUCUCAGAUGUAUGAAAACACAAUUUUCAGUGGAGGAGAUAUUUCUAAGGUUUAUACACCAGAUGCAGAGCACUGCCAAAUCGUGUGCACUUAUCACCCAAGAUGUCUGUUUUUCUCCUUUCUUCCAGGAGAUUGGCCACAAACACUUGCAAGCUUGCAAUAAAGAAAUUUACGAAGGACUGGACCUGCUAGGAGAUAGUUAUAAUGCAACAACUGCUGACAGUUAUGAACAGUGCCAAAAAAGAUGCACCAAUGAGGACCAUUGUCACUUUUUUACAUACACCACGGCAUUAUUCCAUCAAACAAAACUGCGUCAGCAAUGCUACUUGAAAUAUACUAGCACAGGAACACCAACCCAAAUAAAGCGGCUUGGUGGUGUUGUAUCUGGAUUCUCAUUAAAACGCUGUCAACUGUCUGAAAGAGAUUGUCGGAUGGACAUUUUCCAGCGUCAAGUGUUUUCUGGUGUUACCCUGGCAAAGGUUUUGACACCUGAUGUCUAUGUAUGUAGAACAAUUUGUACUUACCAUCCAAACUGCUUGUUUUUUACUUUCCACACUCAUGAAUGGGAAGUUAGCAGUGAAAGAUAUACUUGUGUGAUGAUGACAUCAAGAAGUGGAACACCAGAUGGAUUUGAAGAAAAGGAAAAUGCUCUGUCAGGUUUCAGUCUCCAAAACUGCAGAAGAGCUACACCAGCCUGUCAUUAUCCAACUUUCUCUGAUUUAAACUUUCUGGGCACGGAACUAAGUGUGGAAUAUGUCAAUGGGCACAAGUCAUGUCAACAACUCUGCACAGACACUGUCCGCUGCCAGUUUUUUACUUAUGAUUCUGACCAAACUCGGUGCAAUCAAGAAGGGAAAUGUAAAUGCUACUUAAGAAUGUCUACCAAUGGGUGUCCACAUAGUAUCGUGUCUGAAAAUGGAAAGGUUUCUGGUUAUACUUUAAGACUGUGUCAAACUAAAGUCAGUCCCGUAUGUGUACAGGAAUCCAGUGUGUCUACAAGAGUCGUUGGAGGAGUAAAUGCUUCUUUAGCUGAAUGGCCCUGGCAAGUCAGUUUACAUGUGAAGCUGUCUAAGCAGAGUCAUUUAUGUGGUGGUUCAAUCAUCAGUGACCAAUGGAUAUUGACAGCUGCACACUGCACUGAAGACCUUCUAUUAACUGAAGUUUGGCGUGUUUAUAGUGGCAUUUUGAAACAGUCAGAAAUAAACAAACAUACCCCUGUUUUCAAAGUUCAAGAGAUUGUUGUUCAUCCUAAAUACAAGGUUUCAGAAGCGGGAUAUGAUAUUGCAUUAUUGAAACUUGACCAGCCUAUGAACUUCAGUGUCUUACAGCAACCUCUAUGUCUGCCAACUGAAGAAAUGAACACAAAAUAUACCGAGUGCUGGGUGACUGGAUGGGGUUUCACAAAAGAAAGAGGCCAAAUACAUGACACCCUACAAAAAGCCAGGAUCCCCUUAAUAUCAAAUCAAGAAUGUCAGGUGCUAUACAAAGGACAUAGAAUAUCUGACAAGAUGCUGUGUGCUGGCUACACAGAAGGUGGAACCGAUGCUUGUAAGGGAGACUCAGGUGGUCCUCUAUCAUGCAAAUAUCAGAACAAAUGGUAUUUGGCUGGCAUUACAAGCUGGGGCGAGGGAUGUGCUCGUCCAGGACAACCAGGAGUUUACACAAAUGUGGCAGAGUUUGUUGACUGGAUUCUAGAAAAAACCUCAUAGUACUUAGGGUAUGUUCCAUGACAAGGAAUGGACAUAUCAUUGUAAAUUUCAGUUCCAUGUCAGUGUCACAUCUGUUCAUUCCUAAAUCCAAUCUAUCUUGUUUUGUACAUUAAAUCUGCCAUUUUUAAACAAAGA